UCUUGCAGGAAAAAGAAGCUUCCCUUCACACACUCUCCCCUUCUCUCUCCUCUUUCAUUUCCUUAUUUUCUCGAACAAGACUUUGCAAAUUGCAUAGCCGAGAAAAAGGAAAAAACACCAAAGAGACAUGAAUUUGGUGAAACAAAAGAAGAAGAUAACAUCAACCCAGAAAAAUUCACCAUGAAAGCUCAUCAUUUGAGCCUCUUUUUGUUCCUAUCAUUGUCCAUUUCUUGCCUAUCACAAACUAUAACAACUACCAUUGUCAGAAGUUCAAUUCAGAGAAGAAUUCUUCAUCAGCCAUUGUUUCCAGCAGGUUCGGCACCACCACCUGGAGCUGAGUCACCCCCUCCACCAGCCCAAACAGCACCACCACCACCAGGUAGUUCAACUUUUCCAAACCCAGACCAGCCAUUCUUCCCUGAGGUGCCAGCCGGGCAAAGUCAAGAUCAGAAUCAACCACCACCGGCAACAACUUCCUCGUCAACGAAUGGAAGCAUACCAAUUCCAGCGGCAACACAACCAACAAAGCCAGCUAAAAAAGUGGCCAUUGCUAUUUCAGUUGGUAUUGUCACAUUGGGAAUGUUAUCAGCCCUUGCAUUCUUUCUUUAUCGCCACAGGUCUAAACAUCCCGGUGAGUCUCAGAAACUCGUCGGACCCAAUUCCCAGAGGGUCCAAGACGAUGCAAGAGUGCCCCCAUCAAGCUUUUUGUAUAUAGGAACCGUUGAGCCAAGUAGGACAUCAGUUAGUGAAACUGCAAAUGGGUCACCUUAUCAUAAACUGAAUUCGAUUAAGAGAUCAGAUCGGUAUAGGCCAAGCCCCGAAUUGCAACCACUUCCACAACUAACUAGGCCUCCUUCUCAGAAUGAGAAUUCACCAACUGCCAUGUCGUCAUCAUCCGAUGAAGAGAGUCGUGACACAGCCUUUUAUACCCCACAGGGCUCUUCAAUCAGCAAUGAAGAUUAUUAUACACCAGUUGUCAAUUCAACUCGUCCGCUUCAUCUUAAUAACAAUACUUCUGUUCCUCAUUCCAAAAGAACUUCUCCUAAAUCAAGGCUUGCGGUCGCUUCUCCAGAACUGAAGCAGGUUAUUAUCCCAUCAAUAAAGCAGCAACCACCUCCGCCACCGCCGCCUCCACCACCAACAUUAUCACAUUUGCCAGAAAGAUUGCCACGUCAGCCUACAUCAAUUCCAUAUUCUCCCAAAAGGCCAAAAUUUUCAGCACCACCACCGCCACCAAAUAUGGAGCUUCUUAGAUCAUUAAACAGCAAUUCAUCCUCACAAACAACUAAAAUUCCGGUUCCACCACCACCCCCACCGCCGCCAUCAAUGACAGCGCCAAGAAACGUGGGUUCUUUGGACAGAACUUUCUACUCAACACCAACCCCAGUAUUGCCAAAACAGCAAUCUUGGACUCCAAGUCAUAAAUCCAGUAGUGGUAGUGGAAUGAGUAAAACUCCUGUGGAAGAGGUUAAUAGAAGUGUCAGUACUGCUGAGAGGACUGAAGGGGAUAGUACAGAUGGAGCAAAACCAAAGUUAAAGGCUCUGCAUUGGGACAAAGUACGGGCAACCUCAGAUCGAGCUACAGUGUGGGACCAACUCAAAUCAAGCUCGUUUCAGUUGAAUGAGGACAUGAUGGAAACUCUUUUUGGCUGCAAUUCAGUCAAUUCAGUUCCAAAAGAAGCUACGCGAAAAUCAGUUUUGCCUCCUGUCGAACAGGAGAACAGGGUGUUGGACCCAAAGAAAUCUCAGAAUAUAGCUAUUCUGUUGAGGGCACUGAAUGUUACACGAGAUGAAGUCUCUGAAGCUCUUCUAGAUGGUAAGCAAUGUUCUUAUUUUCAAAAAUAUUAUCAUCGAUUAAGUUCUAGGGUUCGCAUGCAAUAGGUGGUGUCAUAGAGAUUCAGGCGAAAUUAACUGCUAAAUCUGUUAUACUCUAUUAGCUCCCCAGCUUGUCUUGACUUUUGAUAGGUUG